AUGGCUACAGAAGCGGGUCAAUCACAGUCGUGUAAUUUGAGUGAAGUACCCCCACCCAAAUCGACGUACCUGAAUGUCCUAACCCAAGGUCAGAGGUCAUUGGAUACCCGAAUUCGGUUUCGUUCACCUUCAGAAAAUUCUGGAGGCAGAUUGUCUGUUGACUCAAGUAGGAGUGAUGGCGGUCGAGGUAUUAUUAAUAGCGGAAACUCCCGUUGCAUCCAAAUGGGUCUUAUCGAGGAGAGUAUGAGGGAUAAUGACAUUGAUGAUGUUGACUAUUUGGAAGACUCCCCCGAGGGUGAUGACGAGGAUGAUGAUGACGACGAUGAGGAGGAAAAGGACAAUGAGGUCGAUGAUGGUGGACAUGGUAAAGACAAUGACUGGGGUGAUGACCCUGGACCUAGUACAGGUUGA